AUGGCCAUUGCUGUUGAGUCUAAUGAAUUAAAUAUGGAUAUUUGUGUAGAAAAAGUCAAUGAAUUGAAUAAAAAUGUUUGUGUAAAAGAAGUUGAUCAAUUGACUGAUGCUAUUGAGCCUAAUGAAUUGAAUAAGGAUGUUGGUGUCAGUGUAGAAGUCAAUGAAAUGACCGUUGCUGUUGAAUCUAAUGAAUCAAAUAAGGAUGUUGGUGUAGAAGUUAAUGAAGUGGCUGAUGCUAUUUUUAAUGGAAUGGCUGAUGCUAAUGAAUUGAAUAAGGAUGUUUGCAUAGAAGUUAAUGAAUUGAUUGGCACUGUUGAGACUCACGAAUUAAAUAAAGAUGUUAGUGUAGAAACGUGA